CAGGAGGAAUCAGACCGACCUGCAGCUUUAAUCCGCUCUCUGCGCUCCGGAUCAGAACCCUGUCACAGUCUCCCGGACUCCGGCGCAUGUGUGCCGGUCUGUAGCCCCCCUCCCACCCGAGGACCUCUCACACUUCCCACUUUCUCCAAACUGGAUUCCCGGAGCUCCUCGCCAUGCCUGCCCGGGUUUAGAUUCUCCAUGGAGCUCUCUAACCUGUACGAGGUCGCUCCCCGGCCCCUGAUGAGCACCAUAAGCCACGGCCAGCAGCCCCCCUCCGGCUACAGAGACCCCGCAGACCUCGGCGGUGAGAUCGGAGACAACGAGACCUCCAUCGACCUGAGCGCCUACAUCGACCCGUCCGCGUUCAACGACGACUUUCUGGCCGACCUGUUCCACCACAGCUCCCGCCAGGACAAGCUCAAGAUCAUGAACGGGGAGUACGACCCGGUCCCGUGCGGCCCGGGGCCCCAGCAGCUCUACAUGUCCAACUACAUGGAGUCCAAGCUGGACCCGCUCUACGAGCACAACCCGCCGCGCAUCCGGCCGGUGGCCAUCAAACAGGAGCCCCGGGACGACGAGGACCUGAACCCGGGCAUGCCUCCCACCUACCACCACCCGCACCCGCAUUCCCAGCAAUACUCCCAGCAUUCCCAGCAUUCCCAGCAGCAGCAGCAGCAGCAGCAGCAGCCGCACCUCCAGUACCAGAUUGCGCACUGCGCGCAGACCACCAUGCACCUCCAGCCGGGACACCCGACCCCUCCGCCGACCCCGGUGCCCAGCCCGCACCAGCACCACCACCACCACCAGCAUCCGCACCAGCACCCGCAGCAGGGCGGCCUGAAGCUGCUGGAGGGGCGGGGAGGCGGGAAACACAAGAAGCACGUCGACAAGAGCAGCCCGGAGUACCGGCUGCGGCGCGAGCGCAACAACGUGGCCGUGCGCAAGAGCCGGGACAAGGCCAAGAUGCGCAACAUGGAGACGCAGCAGAAGGUGGUGGAGCUGACCACCGACAACGACAGACUGAGGCGGAGGGUGGAGCACCUGACCCGGGAGCUGGACACGUUAAGGGGCAUCUUCAGACAGCUGCCGGACGGAUCCUUCAAACCCAUGGGCAGCUGAGAUCCUGCUGGACCCGGGUCAGACUGCUACACUGCUGGAUUUAUACACCCGGACGGUCCUCUGAGGACGGACUGAGGCAGCUGAGGUGUGCACUGCAAAAAGAUCCCAAACAUUAAAGUGCAGGAACCGGAGGGUUUGUGGAGGUUUCCGCUCUGGGACCUGGUCCAGACUCUUUUUGCAGUGCUCAUGUGCCUUUGAGACUUCUGUGCAGAAAUAAGCUGGUUGGCUGCAGACACAACAGAGGACUGCUGGUUUUUGUGCCUUACCCCCCCCGAACAGACUGUGUGCCUGUCACACUCUCCUCACAUAUCAGUGCAGCUACGGUAGGGCAUGCUGGGGGUCCAGGUCAGCCUCUGGUGCUGGUUUCUCUCCAUAUCUCCUCCUCAUGGACUCAUUCUACAGCUAUGAAAUGCAAAGUGCACACUGCUUGCUGUUUAUGUGUAUUUCCACCUGCAGAGACAUUUAUAAUAAUAAUAAUAAUAAUAAUAAUAAUAAUUCUGGUUCUUGUGUCUCGCUCCGGGUCGGCUCACAGGUUCCAGAUCAGUUCCAUGGUACAGGGCAGAAUGUUCUGAUUUAAUGUCACAUUCAUCGAUAUCUGCCACCAGCAUUAAGAACCUAAAGUGUCACUAGGAAUCAAUAAGUUGUUUCAUGUAGUCUGUGCUUUGGCCACCGCCGUGCAUUCUGGGACAAUCCUCUAACAGAUCCCAUUGUUUUGCAGAUUUUGGUGAAAUGUGACUUUCAGGAGCGUCUCCACUUUGUUUCUGCAGCUCUGACUCAUGUUCCCGCUCACUUCGAGGCUUUUCUCUCCUCCACGUUUAGACUGGAGCUACUUUUAUUUGUAUGUAUGAGUGAUGACAAUAAUCUGUGCUGGUUAAGAUGCCAAAGUGAAAAACACAAAGAAAAUCAGACUGGAAUAGAAACUGUGGUCCCUGCUCCGUCCCGCCAGCGUCCUCUGAGCGUCCUCUGAGCGUCCUCUGAGCUCACAGCCUCCAAACCUGCAGCAAAGUUUCUCUGCUGGCUAAAUGUCCGACAAUAAAGACAAACUGCAGAUUGUGGAGGUUUAGGAGGUUGUGUCAGAGGACGCGGCAGCGGUGGCGAGCAGCUCUCUCUCCUGUGUGCACUAUUAGUCGUGAAAAUGAAGCGUCUGGGUUCUGAUCUGACAGAAAGAAACACGCCUCGCUCUUCGUAUUUAUGAGAGAAAACAAAGAAAAACAAAAUGUGAAAAGGGUUUCUAUGCAACAUGUCUCUUCCUCUUUUCCACUGUCCAUCACACACUCACACACACGGUGCCUUCUGAUCCUUCCAGAUGACCUUUGACCUCCAGCCGGGCUGUGUGUAAAGAUUCUGCCGGCGAGGAAAAAGGAAGCACUUUUCAUGUUAUUUUUUUGUUUUUUUUUUACAAACUGAUGUUAAACCAACGUUUGUCUCAAUUGUAAAAUAAGCCUAUAUAUAAAUAUAUAUAUAAAUAUAUAUAUGAACUACCAAAAAAACCUGAAUUAUUAUAAUAAAAGAGCUUGUUUUAUCAGA